AUGUGUAAAACAAAAAGUUGUAUUAGUGCAAAUGAAGAUUCUAUUCGUUCGUUAUCUGAACAUAAUUCAGAAUUGAAUGUUGAUCAACCAAUAAAUGAAAUAACAUAUCAUCAUUCAUCAUCUUCUUCAUUAACACUCGAUAUUGAACAGACAAAUAAUCUUCUAGAAAAUAAUCCUAUUGUAUAUGAGAAUGAAUCAAUAAUGUUAAGUUCUAUACUUACUGAUAUACUUAAUGAUCGGCUAACUACCGACACAUUAGCAGGAAAUAAUCCAUUAUCAUCUGACAGAAACAAUCGAAGAUCAUCAUUCAAACUUGAUAAAACUACAUCUAUACAUUCUUUAUCAACAAGUUUUAAUAAACAAUCAAAUGAUUUUAUAUUUGAAAAAACUACAGCAAGAAAUUAUAAUUUAGGAAAACAUGAAAAUUGGAUACAUAAUGCAACUAUAUCGUAUAUUCAUCCAUUUAAUGAUUAUAUACAUCAACGAAGAAAUAAAAACUUGAUGUGCUAA